UCUUGCAUAUAUCUUCUUUGAUGUGUUUCUCUACCGUAUUCUGAAGUCGUCCUUUGAUGGUACUGGAGGUCAGAGGUCAAAGGCACUGGCUGUGUGUUGAGGCCUCCAGCUUUAGAACUGCUCUGAUCCACACAACACCGCGCACUGGACCCAGUCUUUCCGUGGCAAAUCUCGGACAACUGGGCCUCGAACCCAGGCGGGUGGCUGACAGCAGAGUCCAUCAGAGCUGAAGUGCUGCAAAAAGACUGAAGAAGCACUCUGAAAUGCAGGUAAUGAAAAACCUCGAAGCCCGGAAAGUUCAGGUCCGGUGAAGCGUUUCGGUCCGUGGGGGGGUGUGGAGGAGGGAGGGGCCUCCGCGCUGCUCUCCACCGCUCUCCGCCUCCUCAUUUCGGUCGUGCAUGAAAUGUAUAAAACAAGGAAGUGAAGCAUGAACCAUCGCAUGGACACCCGCCCCUGGAGAACCCACGUCUCGAGCGUCCACGCCACGUGUUGUUUUGAGAUAAAAAAGGGGCGGGUGCUCGUGCCAGAAGGACACUUGGCGAAACUAAGCAAUAAAGCAGCGCACAGCGUUUUUUUUUUUUUACCCUUCCAGUUCGCAGCCAUUUGACCCCACGACUAACGCUGUAGGACACACACACACACAAACACAAGUGUGUGUAUCAUAUAAAAUACAGCCACGCUGACUGUUGCGCGAGGACAGAAACAUGGCAGCGCGCUCGUUAAACCCCAGGAUAGCGUCGGCGUUUGAGCGCAGGUCUUCUUGAGACGCAGCGUGGAUCUUACAUACACUCUCUCUCACACACACACACAGCACCCGGCGCCACCGCACGGCAAAUAUAGCGGUUCCCAAAAUAGGAGCGCUGUUUUCCCGCGCCGCAACGCGGACGGACCACCGAGUCGCUUCGCCAUGGACGAGACGUCGCCCCCCCCGCUGCGAGCCGCGCGCUUCCAGCGGCCACAUGCCACAGUGCCCCAGUUCACCAACUCGCCUACCAUGAUUGUGAUGGUAGGGCUGCCAGCUCGAGGAAAAACUUACAUCUCCAAGAAGCUUACCCGCUACCUCAACUGGAUUGGCGUGCCCACAAAAGUGUUCAAUGUGGGCCAGUACCGCAGAGAGGCAGUCCAAACAUACAAGAACUUUGAAUUCUUCCGUCCAGAUAAUGAGGAGGCCAUGAAGAUUCGCAAGGCCUGUGCCUUAGCAGCACUGAAGGAUGUCUGCCAGUACUUCACUGUGGAGCAGGGCCAGGUGGCGGUAUUUGAUGCCACUAACACCACACGGGAGCGCAGGGAUGUCAUCUUGAGCUUUGCCAAGGAAAACAGUUACAAGGUCUUCUUUGUGGAGUCAAUAUGUGAUGAUCCAGACAUCAUUGCAGAAAAUAUUAUGCAAGUGAAGCUCAGUAGUCCAGACUAUAAGGAUUGUGACAAGGAUGAGGCUGUGGAGGACUUCCUGAAGCGUAUUGAAUGUUACAAGACCACUUAUGUGCCCCUGGAUGAUGACAUGGACAGAGACCUGUCGUACAUCAAGAUCUUUAAUGUGGGCUGCCGGUACCUGGUGAACCGGGUCCUAGACCACAUCCAGAGCCGCAUUGUGUACUACCUCAUGAACAUUCAUGUGACGCCUCGCUCGAUUUACCUAUGUCGGCAUGGGGAGAGCGAGCUCAACCUGCUGGGACGCAUCGGGGGUGAUUCUGGCCUCUCUGUCCGUGGUUGUCAGUAUGCCAACGCGCUCGGGAAAUUCAUCAGGGAGCAGAAUAUCCGGGAUCUGAAAGUCUGGACGAGCCACAUGAAGAGGACCAUCCAGACGGCCGAGGCACUGGGUGUGCCGUACGAGCAGUGGAAAGCGCUCAAUGAGAUUGAUGCAGGGGUGUGUGAGGAGAUGACCUAUGAGGAGAUACAGGAGCAUUACCCUGAGGAAUUUGCUCUGAGAGACCAAGACAAGUAUCGUUAUCGUUACCCCAAGGGCGAGUCAUAUGAAGACCUGGUCCAGCGGCUGGAGCCAGUGAUCAUGGAGCUUGAGAGGCAGGAAAACGUAUUGGUCAUCUGCCACCAGGCUGUCAUGCGCUGCUUGCUCGCCUACUUCCUGGACAAGAGUGCAGAGGAGCUGCCAUACCUGAAGUGCCCCCUCCACACGGUGCUGAAACUUACACCAGUCGCCUACGGUUGCAAAGUGGAGUCCAUUUUCUUGAACGUUGAAGCUGUUAAUACACACAGGGACAAGCCCAUGGUGGCCUGGUCCAGCACUGCACCCCUGUACCGUCACAGGCGGGCCUGCCCUCUGGCCAGUCCCACGCCCACCAAAACACCCUGUCUGCAGGACCUGGGUGAGACUACAGACAGUCUGCAGAAUGUGGAUGUCACCCGAGACCCAGAGGAAGCUUUGCAAACUGUCCCAGAACAUAUAUAAAGAGGAGGAGACAAUUUGAGCAAUGAACUGAAAGGGGAACUUUUUGACUGAGACUUACUUUUGUAAUUUAAUCUGUACUGUUGUGAUGACCCAUAUCAAGUAUAUGAAGUCUUUCCCACAGUGCUGAAAUUCACAGAAGCUCUCUGAGCUGAAGCCAUUUUUGAAACUGGGGGUUUUUAAGCCAUGUUUUUCAGGUUCAGUGAAGUAAUCCUGAAUGCUGUGUAAAGAAAUGUGUAGCUGUGUCCACACGUGCAUGGAAUAACCAUUGAGAAGCCAACGAUGCAUCAUAGCACUAGGAAGACCUGUCAGGGUUUGCCUUGCUCUGCUGGUUGUGAGUGCAACAGGUCUCAGGAGAUGGGUGUAAGACACAAGCUGUGAGAACUUGGAGCUACAGUCUGAGAGGAAUCCAUAAGGAAUGGAAGCAGGGACAAUAAGCUUUCUUGAAUUUCUUACAGAUGUGCCUGGACUCUUUUGAGGUCUUACCAUUUUGAAGAGCAGUUUGUGUGCUCUUUGCUUAUUCCACACUGCAUGUCCAGCUGCUCCAGUUAGUGUGUUGGGCUGUAUCCUAGGGUUAUCAUGCAGGGGAGGGUGUUGAACAGGGGUAGUCAGUGUGUGCUAUGAAGGACAGAGGUUGCCAUUAGUGGGUCUGUUUCCUGCCAUUAACAGUAUUUUUAGUCUACAGGCCUGAGCUUAGACACCUCUGACCCAUCCAUCCUGGGAAAGGCAUCAAACUGCUUCAGGUACAGAACAAAAUGCUGAAGGCUAAGUUAAAACAAUGACUAAUUACUGGAUGUAGUGCUUAGGAAGGGUAUAAAACGAGACAAGGUAGAAUACUUCUUACUUGAACCCAGGGUAUUUCAGUGUGAAGUAUUCAUGGUGGUUUACAUUUUGUGCAUCAUUAAUUGUUCAGGGUUAUGUAAAUAUUUUCUCCAUUUACUAUCCUUCCAGCUAGGUGCAAUAUUUGACAUAUCCCCUGACUUGUGUAACUGGUUUUCAAAGCCCAGGGGUAGGCUAUUUUAAUGUAUUUGAAUGAGCAAAGCCAUUUAAACUUUUUUUUUUUUUUCCAGGACAAUGCUACUAUGGCAUACUAACAUUGUGUAUAGAUGUUAAAGGGAAUUUAGGUUUUAAAAAGUCUGAUGCAACAAUGAAACAAUGCAGGAGUCCUGUGUGUAAACACAAGUGUAGGAGUUUUAAGUUGAGCCCUUUUGACUGUUUGUUACCUCUUAAUUGCUGCACUGAGGGAAGUAGCUUGGGUGUCUGCUGGGAGAACAGGGUAGCUGAGGGCACCAUCAGUCACUGCACUCAGGGUCAUUAAUUGCAUAGUUGUGGAGUGUAUGCAUUAAGAUGGGUAAUAAACAUCACUUUUGAUUCUGAAGCCUAGAGGUAGCCAGAAUUUAGCAGAUUUUGCUUAGCUCUGAAAUGACCAAAGUCAUUCCCCCUUAUUUUUCUGUGCCUCAGGGGAGGGUGAAGGUUACCUGAGCACUGUGUUAGUUUCACAUGUUUGAAAACAAAUUUAAAGUUUCAGGUAAAUCAGCAUAAGUAAGCCCUAGUUUUAUGUUGAAUUCAGUAGCAAUACAGGCUAAGGACACGGAGUGAUGUACAGAUGUCUGCUUUUCUGCUCUCGCAGUGCUACGUGUUACUUCCCCCAUCAGGCACAUGGGAGAAAUGGAAACAAGGUGCCUUGCACGGAGCAAGUAACACCAUAAGGAUGGUUAAUGCACUACCCCAGUUUUGCUUCAACUGUACUGUAGUUUUAUUCAGGAAUAUUUAAAUUACAAGAGGAAAGUCUAUACAAACUAUUCCCAGUAAAAGUAAUAAAAGUAGAGCAUUCUAAGAUGACAUUGCUCUUACUCCUAUUGAGAGGAGGCAGGCUAAGUUACCAUUUUGUUUAUUAAAAAAAAAAAAGUGCAUUGCUACAAGGCCCUCUAAGCAGUUGGCAAUGCAUGAGUUCUAUACUUACACCAGUGAUGUACCACUGUAGUAGCAGUCAACUUUU